UUAGGUUUUCUAAAAAAAGAGGGACAGAAAUUCAUAAGAAAGAAAGAAUACGAUAGACACUCUCUCUAUUAUCGGACAAUUUUUUGCACUUUAACGUGCGCGGGGUGUUUUAUUAUUUUUGAAAUUAAAGUAUUUACAUAACGUGUGACGAUGGCAGAGAAAUGUACAAACGUCAAUGACGGGGAUUGUCCACCGGCGAAAAAGAUAAAACUGAACGACGAAAACGCGACCGAGAAUACGGACAAGAGCGAGAAUGAUGCGACUCGCGAAGUAGAAUUGAAUCUGUCGAAUUUCAAAGUGACAAAGGUAUUGCAGAACAAUUGCGUGCGAAAAUCGAUAUGCAUAGAAGGAACAUUCGAGGAUCGCGAAGGCUCGGCGAUCGUUUUGCUCGAACAAAAGAGUUUCCCCCAUGACAAGUUGGUGUUGGAGAAAGGUUAUUUUGACGGGAAGACGCUCUUCCGAAAGCACUUCACCAACGAUAUUUACAGGAAUUACGAUUGCUUUCCCACCGAGGAAUAUAACAGCAUACACACGACCGUGAUAUAUCCCGCUACACAGAAUCACAUUGAGAAAUAUAAGAGACAAGAAUUAUAUAUAAUAGACGAAACGUAUGAACUUUAUCAGCAAGUUACUCUUCCUUAUAUAGAAUCAAAAAGUCUAAGUUUGGAGUGGAUAACAAAUAUUUUGGAGCACAAAGCUGAACAGGAAAGUAUUAUCUAUGAAGACUCUGACAAGAACACUGGUUUUGUAUUAGUGACAGAUUUCAAAUGGGAUAAACAACUAGAUACAUUAAAAUUAUUGGCUUUACCGUUUCAAAAAAUAAGGUCAUUGAGGGAAUUGAAUGCUUCUCAUCUCCCUUUAUUAAGAAAUAUACGAGAUGCUGGGACAACGGCAAUUAGUAAAAAAUUCAAUAUACCUGCAUCGCAGCUUAGAAUAUAUUUCCAUUAUCAGCCAUCAUAUUAUUAUCUACAUGUGCAUUUCUGCUAUCUUAUGUUUGAAGCACCAGGGAUAUAUGUGGCAAAAGCACAUCUUUUAUCAACAGUUAUAAGCAAUUUAGAACUGAUGUCAGAUUAUUAUAAGAAAGCGGUUCUUUCAUAUAUAGUAUUUAAAGAUAGUCCGCUCUAUGAAAAAUUUAAAUCUCAUGGAACUGUAGAUACAAUCACAUGUGAGACAUUAGAUUGUAAAUAAUAUAAAUGAGACUACUUUAUA